AGUCAGUCAAACAACAUCGAAGCGGAAGCUAAAUCACAAAAUAAAAUAUCGGAUUUCGAAUAGCGAUUGAACGAUUCAUGUGCCGUGUGUAUUUUUGUCGGUUGUUUUCGGUUUUUCGCUCUCCUUUUCCAUUGUGUUGCCUUGCCGUGCGCGCAUCGUAUUUUCUCACCGUUAUUUGAAAUUGAUAAAUAGUGAAAUUUAAUUUUCUCGCUCGUAAAAUUAUUAUGUGUACAUCUCGAGGGUGGCGCUGAACAAGCACCAAUAAUAUUUACGUUCCCGAUUAUUUUUCAACUACUGCAGUUUCGUUUUACAUUGCGAGUGAAUGUCGCAUGGCGGUCGCGAAGAAAAAAAAGAAGAUAAAUCGCCUUCUUCACUUUCGGUCUUUUUUACGGGUAGAAGAUAGAACAGCCGAGAGAGGAGAAGAAAAAAAACGGAAACAAAUCAUGAAAAAUCGGUAAAAAGAGUCGUAAAAACGCACAUGCUACACAAAAGAGUACGGCUUUAAUUACGGUAGCAGUGCCAGGUUCGAGCAUUAAACUUUGUUUCUGUGUCGUUUCACUCCAAUUGGUCUGGGCCAAGUAAACUUUUCUACCUAAAUCAAAGAAUCUUUUGUGUGUUCCAAUGAAUCACUUCUCAGUUUUUUUUUUCUUCUCUUCUUUCAUUCACCUUUCCACCAAUGGCCAGCCUCAAUAUAUGACCAAAUUUUGCCAUUGAAUUUUUUCCUUGGCUUCACCUCUUAUCAAAUAUUCAUGCAUUUGAUUAGAAGAAAAAAAAAUCCGGCAAGAUUAGAAAUCCAAUUCGAAUGCCAGCCGCUAUAUAGCCGUGCAUCUCUUCCAGUUUUUCGGCCUGAAAUGUGAAUAAACUCGUUUUUAUCCAUACACAGUCAAAUGCAACAUAUGCUUUUCAUAUUCACUCUCGAAAUAAAUUCGAAUUUCUGUUUUGUUUCAUUUGUUUCGGCACAGCGUCCGAUUUACACUCAAUUCCCCUGGAACUGUGCAAUCUGUCACAAAAUAUUCCAAUUCCAAUUCGAAUGUGAUGCAUUCCGAUGUAUGAGACGUCUGGGAUUUAUAACGCAGGCACAAUGUUUGCCGUAUGAUUGUGGGCCGCACGAAAUGCCGAAGCACUUUAAAUGACUCAGCUGAAGCGAUUCCAAUAAGACCGUUGUCACAAUGAGGAGAACGUGCACGGAACGAGUCAAAUUCAUGGGUUAACCACUUCCAUUGAGUGGAAUUCAUGCAGCGCUGGCGCACCAAUCCACAGUGGAAACAACAGACGUUGAAUUCAUCUCAUGCAUAAAAACACCGUGGCUCUCGCCGAGUGAGUGGAAUAAUAUUUUCGGUUGGUUUCGCUGCUUGUUUCCAGUGCGUGACAACACACAGCAAAGAUAUUCUCACUCAUGUUAUCGCUGUGAAAACGAAAUCGAAUGAAGCAAACACACGGAAAGAAGGCAACAAACGAAGCGAUAGGUAGAGGAGAAGGUUGCCGCACGACACUCGAUUGACGAAGCAUUCAGUUUGUACCAAGUACUCAAAACGAUUGGUUAUGUUACAGUUCGCUUGGUCAUUUUCAUAUCACAGCUAUUAUGUGAGGAACUGAAGAAAAAGAAAGAAUCAACAACAAAACGAGUUAUCACGCGCGCGGCAUUCCAAAACUACAUGGAACUAUCUCUAUCCUUCGAUAAUAAACUUGAACAGGAGCAAAAGAAUCGAACAGAACAUAAGUGACGUAGCAAAGAAAAGUUGAAAAACGAAAUCAAUUUGCAUCGAGUGAAGUGAAGAAUAACAUUAGAGAUAAAGAGCAAUGUGAAUUUCAAACGAAAAUUGCCGAUGAGAACAAACAAAUAAAAAAAAAGUGAAAAAUAUGCAACAGUGGUAAAAAUGAAACAAUAAUCAACUGUCAAUUAAUGAAAAAAAUAGUGAAAAAUAAUUUUCGGCUUAAAAACAGUGAAUUCCGUAGUGAUUGCAAUUAGAAACAUAAAUGAAAACACGAAUUGAAAAUAAACAGCAUUUUGGGUGCUAAUGAACUUCUAUCAAGAAAUACAUUCAAUUACCUUAUUUAUGGUUGCAAUUAAAAAUUAAUAAUACGCACAACCGAAAGAGACGCAACGCAGCACGGCAAACAGAAAGCAAGAGUUGGGCCGACGACGACAUCGUAGCGCGAACUUUUUGACAGCCUGAGCCAAUCGAAUCCCAAACACCACAUCAUCAUCAUCAUCAUCAUCCCAAAUGAAUGAGAGUUCAAGACAUUCCAUUUGGAUAUUAAUGAAAAUAGAUUUGAUGAACCAACAUGAAAUUGAAGUGAAUAAGUAAAACGCAGCCAGACGAACAUUUUUGUGCUUGUGUUGGUGUAUAUUUAUGGUGUGUUUGGAUUGCGAACGUUUAACUGGAAAGCGAAAAGAAAAAGGCAAACACACGGUUUUCAAAAUCCAAAUCUCAAGUGGUGUGGCAUUUACCUUGUUUAUGUAUGAUAUUUUUGUUGCUUUUUUUUUAUCGCGCGUUGCGUUUUGAUUGCUGAAAUAAAAUUAGGAAAAAAAGAAAGAAAAAAUAAUAAAAAUAUUAUAUCGUUUGAAGUGUGCGUGUGUUUCGUAUGAAUCGUGUUGAAGUAACGAGAAAAACCCUCAACGGAGAAAUAUAAAAAAAAAGUUAAAAUAAAUUGAAAAAAAUAAAAACUCAUGAAAGUUGAAAUGAAUGUGCUUGAAGUGGUGCAUUGAGAGAAGGUGCGCGUUUGAAUGUUCAUUAGAACGACGGACAUAGUUCCAAAUUGAAUUCGGAUUUUUGUUUUUGAACAUCUUGUUUGUGGUUGUCGUUUUUUUUCCCUUCUUCGGCUGUUUGUUCUGCGUGCAACGGUCCAAAACGAAAAAGAAAAGGAAAAUAAGAGAUUACAUUUUCCGAUUAUCGCCACAGACACACUGAACGUUCGGGAACGCGACUCAAAUCUCCGAUAAAUUUUCCCAAGUGUAUGCAAAAGAUCCGGAUAAUCAACGAGCGUUACGAAUCCUGCGAUAAUCCUGUGUGUCAAGGAAGCAAUCAACACAGCGGAUGCCACUUCAACCAACACACUUGAAAUGAUUUUUUGCCAUCGUGGAAUUAAAUAUGCUUUUGUUAAGUCCGUAUAAAAUGCGAGAUUCAUCAAUUUUCCGAAGACCAAUUCGCAUCAUUUGAUUGCGAUCAAUGAACGAAGCAAACGGAAAGGCUAGCGUGUAUUUGCAACGGGAGGAUAUUCAACAUUUUUCGGCAUAUAUCGAAAAGCACAUUGUGAAAGUUGAACAUCGAUAAGAGGGACUAAGGAGCGCGCACGCUUUCACAUCCGACUACGUGCCAUACGCAAUGGCAUACAUUGUGUGGAAAAUGCUACAGCCACGCAUGAAUCGAUUCAGGCGAAUUGCGUACAUACAUUGGUGGUAUGUGCUCGUGAUGCUGCUGCUGAUUCAAACAUUAUCGAUUGUUGAUGGCCAUCUGAAAUCGACGAACGAUGGCAUUACCGAUAGGCACGGCCAACAACGCUUCGCCAUGGAACCACAAGACCAAACAGCAAUUGUUGGGUCGCGAGUCACGUUGCCAUGUCGAGUUAUCGGUAAACAAGGAACACUUCAAUGGACCAAAGACGAUUUUGGCCUAGGAUGGCACCGCAAUUUGAGCGGUUUCGAACGCUAUACCAUGAUUGGCAGCGAUGAAGAAGGAGAUUUUUCGUUAGAUAUUUACCCAGUAAUGUUAGACGAUGAUGCUCGAUAUCAAUGCCAAGUGGGGCCCGGACCACAAGGUCAACCAGGCAUUCGAUCAAGAUUUGCAACAAUAACUAUAUUAGUGCCACCUGAACCGCCACGCAUUCUUCAGGGCGACCAUCUGGUAACGACCGAGGAUCGUGAAAUCGAAUUGGAAUGUGUGUCGGUUGGUGGGAAACCGGCAGCAGAGAUAACGUGGAUCGACGGUUUGGGAAACGUUUUAACAGCCGGCAUUGAUUAUAUGAAAGAACCAUUGGCGGAUUCAAGACGCGUAACGGCCAAAUCAAUUCUAAAGUUGACACCGAAAAAGGAACAUCACAAUACGACGUUCACAUGCCAAGCACAAAACACGGCAGAUCGAACGUAUCGCUCGGCAAAACUCAAGCUCGAGGUUAAAUAUGCUCCGAAAGUGUCGAUUUCCGUCAUUGGAGAAAGCAGUCUGCCCGGUGGUCGCAUCGCUGAAGGCAGCGAUGUGCGAUUUUUGUGCCGUGCCGAUGCAAAUCCACCAAACGUUUCGUAUCGAUGGUAUAUUAAUGAGGAACUUGUUGCCGGUGACUAUACAACUGAAAUGGUAAUUCCAAACAUCACUCGAAAAUACCACGAUGGAAUGGUCAAGUGUGAGGUGCACAAUGCAGUUGGCAAGAGUGAAGAGAGCGAAGCGCUCGAUAUUAGCUAUGGGCCGGUGUUCAAAACGCAACCCAAAUCAAUUGAAGCUGAUAACGGAGCGACUACUACCCUGACAUGUGUCGUUCUGGGCAAUCCGCCGCCGGACAUACUCUGGGUACAUGGCAAUAUCCCAAACGAUAAGGUCGUUGGUGCUUCGACAAAUCUAACAAUAACCGUCUCGCCCGAAACAGCUGGCAAAUACAUUUGCAAGGCCAGUGUUGUUGGUUUCCCCGAAAUAUCGGCGAUCGCCACAGUUUUUCUAAAAGGUCCCCCAACAAUCACAUCGGCUCGACGACAGUAUGGCAUCACUGGUGUCAAUACGAGGGUCGAAUGUACAGCAUUCUCCGUGCCCAAGGCAAGACACGUGUCGUGGACGUUCAUGGGUCAUGAAAUCAAUCCGAAGAACAAUCAAGAUUAUUCAAUUAUUGACGAAGCAAUGCCAGAAGGCAUUAAAUCAAUAUUGAUGAUAAAGGAGAGCCAAUCAAAACAUUUCGGCUCUUAUAAUUGCACCGUGGUUAAUGAGCACGGCAACGACAUUCUUGAAAUUGAAUUACUUAGACAAGAAACAAGUCCAGUAUUGAGUAUAAUUGUUGCAUCUGUAUCGUUUGUUAUAAUCAUUUUAAUUCUGGUAGUGUUUAUAUUGUUUUGCCGACGGACAAAAAAGCGUCUGAAACCAGCUGAUGUCAUUCCAGUGAACGAUAAGAAUAUUAACCAAAAGGAAUUUAAGGGUUGCGAACGCACAACGAAUUUGAUAAAUGAGACAAAAAUUGACAUCCGAAACGAUUACGCACACACAACGGUCGAUGGCAGUAAUAUGAUGACGCAUAUUCCGGAUGGCAGCACUUACAAUACAACAGGCAGUGUAAUUGGCCCACUCGGAGGCGUUGCAGCGCAGUACAGAUAUUCGGGUGACUUUACGGAUACUGGUCAAACGAAAACCGGCCAAAAUAACAAUGGCUACGUUGCAAAUGCAGCCGAUUAUAGUCCACCAUCACAGUCGACGUUACUAUUGAGAAAUGGCAGUAGUAAUACAAGUAGUGAUACCACAUAUUAUCCAAACGGUCAGGUGCCGAGUGUGAAUUCAACAUUGACGCGAAACAGUCGAUCGACAACCGUCGAUUCUCGACAAGAUGUUGGCUUGCCAAAUGUACAUGGCAGCUUUAAUUCACUACAAAAUAGUAUUUUAAGUCAACAACCAUUGCUUCAGAAUGGUUUAAAUGUAGAUUUACGAUAUCGUGCCACAUAUGCUAAUCCAUUUUUGCGAACGUCGAAUGCAUCGCUGCCGCCUUUACCACCGCCAAGCACAGCGAAUCCAAGCGCUACGCCUGCUCCACCUCCAUACAAUGCAACACGUAACACAGCUACAACUUCCGGCAUUGUCAGUAGUAGUACAGCAUCGAUAAAAGCUCCACUGCCAACGUCAUCCAGUCCAUCGGGUCAAUUUAUAUUGCCAGCUAAUGGACAUUUGAAAAAAGGUGCUCUUGCAACGCAUGUUUAAUUUAAUUGACUCAUUGCCACACGUUUUCACUGCGACGCAUUUAUCCAUACACACACACAAUGGUGAUGAUUCGAUGCGAAACAAACACGGCACUAGAUCAAAGUGUUUUCAUCUUAUCUCUCUGUACACACACACACACACACACAUUCUCUGGCAACAUACAAUCCUCGCUCUGGCUAACGGACAAAACCACUCAGUGUCGUGUUGAUGGAAAAUAGCCAAGCUCUAUAUACAAACGUUGUUCGAUGUGUGUGUGUGUAUGGUCCAUUGUACGCGCCUUUCCUUCCUUAUUGCCAUAUCAAUUUACAAUCAAUGCCAGAACAAAUAUGUUCAAAGGCAGCAGCCAACUGGCUCGAUAUGGCUUCAAAUGAUAGUGAUUAGAAAUGAAGGCAAAUGGCAUGCUUCCGUGAAUUCACCGAGCAAGCCAUGUCACACCAUUGGCACUCAACAGCAGCAUGUAUUUGGAUGAGCGACACAGCACCGAAUCGAUCUAUCUACACGGCCAAAACAGAAUGAAGGAGAGAAAACACCAAGGUGAAAGCAACAUAAAAAUGCAACGGUGACCAGAGAAUCAUCGAAAUCAUUUGGAUAAUCAUGUAUUGUGUCAUAGUGAAUUUUCUAUUCAUUGUUCUGUCGAUUUGUAUCGCUUUCCGGAAUCGGUUCAUUCAACGUGACUAUCACCCAAAUCGCUCGAAACUCGAAUUGUGUAAAUCAAAUCUGUACGUAUCGACUGAUUUUCAUUUUUAAAAUUUAUCAUUCGAAACUACACGAAUCCAAUGUGAAAACACGCCGGUAAAACGUGUGUACUCAAGUUAAUAUCAAUCGUUCGUUUGUAAGAGAAAACAUAUACUAUAGAUGUAGUGCAAGCAAAGAUACUGAUGUGGAAAAGGUGAGAAAUCGUUCUGUAAAUAUAUGUCAAAUUGCGUCGGGCAAAGGUAAAUACAGUAGUGAAAUUUGUUUAAAUUCUAUGCAAGAGAACAAACAUUGGAUUUACUGACUUAGCAAAGCGUUUAUUAGCUAAAAUUUGUAGAAAUCAAUUGCUAAAACACAAAAAGUACCGAUUCAAUAGGAUUGUAAAAGUGGCGGUCGAUUUUUUUUCUCGUUGAUAAUAAAAAUUCCAAUGACCGUCAUUCUAUUGAAUUUAAUCUACGUUUUGUUUCUUACGUUGAACGAUGAAAAUGGGGCCUUAAUAUUAUCGAAAUGAAAUGAAAAAAUAAUGAAGAUGAGAAUACUUAAAUUUAAAUUAUUAUUAUCAUAUCUAUAUAUCAAAUCGAUUGCCAAUUGAAUGAGACAACAACAAAAAAAAAAAAUGCUUGAAAUUGUGUAAAUACUUAAUGGAAUUAAAUUAGAUAUUAAUGAUACGACUCGUAUCAUACGAGCAUACACACACAUUUAUGACAGACAUUUAAAAAAAAUCAAUAUGCUUUUACUAAACGUAUUUUUAUCCCUUCGGAAUGUAAAUCAUUUGAAGGACAAAAAAAAGAGAGAACGUGACAAAACCAAUUUAUAAUAAUGAACAUUUACGAUUUACCACUAGUUUUAACAGAUCGAAUCGAUAACAAGAAUAUUACCAAAGAAAUUUUAUGAAACAUGAUUUUAAGUUAUCAAAGAAACCGAAAAACGAAGAUGGAUAAGAAGAAAAAGAAAAAAAAACUAACAAACACACAUAUGAAAAGUUCUAUAUGGUUCUAUUUGAGUGAGGAGUAUUUAUUGCAUGGUUUAAAAUAAGGGUCAAAGUUUGAUUGGUCAAAUCAACGGUCAAACACUUAGCAAGUUACAGCAAAUAAAUGAAUGGCUAUAAUUUACCUGCAUUUUCUUUUGGGGAACACAGAUCAAAAAACAACACAAUUUUGUAAUGUAAACCCGCAUUUGAAUUUCCGCAUUCCCAUUGCAAUAGAGUAUAUAAAGUGAAACGGAAUCUGAAAAUUAUUUCCCAUAUAAAUUUGCCCCAUUCUCCUCAAGCCAAUGUAUGUAUGCAAGUGUCCAAUAGUUAGUCUCGAGAAUUCCUUUCAAACGCACAACCAAAUUCCUUUCGCAAAUCAACUUCAUUCAUUCCAUUAAACUGAGCAUACCAGAAUCAUCUCCGAUCGAGUACUAUAUAGCAUUCGUGUCAACAAACACACACACACACACAAAA